CUGCGGAGAGUUGGUUUUAGCUGUGGUUCUUGCUAUCUGCCUGGCAAGUGGAAGGAGGAGGAGAAGAAGGAAGUAGGCUGCACAGCAAGUAGAGGUGUGCUGUAGGGCUGUUGGAUUUGCAAAAUGAGUGGGACAUGAAGCUCUGCGAUGGACUGCAGUGUCCUGCACGGCUGCGGCACAGCCAGGCCCUGAGAGCAGCGGGUGCGUGGGGACAUGCAAUUUCCUUGGAGAAGGUUGCAGCACCACAGGAGCUACCAUGGCAGGUAACAAACAGACCCUCAGCUGGGAUGCCUUUGUCAGCGACUCCUGAGAGCGUGUUACUGCCCAGAAAGAUGAAGAAGCGCUAUGUGGUGGCUGUAGUCCUGACUGUAGUCCUACUGGGGCUCAUCUUGUUCCUGGGACUCUUCUUCGGACUGCGCUCUGACUCAGAGGACACACACACCUAUAAGAGGGCGGCUGUGGCUACAGACGCGGGGCAGUGCUCAAUAAUUGGAAGGGACAUCCUUCAGCAAGGUGGAUCUGCGGUAGAUUCUGCAAUUGCAGCUCUGCUCUGUGUGGGACUCAUGAACGCUCACAGCAUGGGCAUUGGAGGGGGACUGUUCUUUACCAUCUACAACAGCACAGGAAAAGUGGAAAUCAUUAAUGCAAGAGAGGUGGCACCAAAAAGAGCCUCGGAGGCCAUGUUUGGGAACAACACACAGCUCUCUCUGAAAGGAGGAUUGUCCAUCGCUGUUCCCGGAGAAAUCCGUGGCUAUGAACUGGCUCACAAACGUCAUGGCAGGCUGGCGUGGAAAGACCUGUUUAUGCCCAGUGUCAAGUUGGCAAGAGAAGGAUUCCCUAUUGGGAAAGGCCUUGCAGCAGCCAUCAAAUCAAGAGAGACGUCAAUUGAAAACAACCCCUCACUGUGCGAAGUGUUCUGCAGAGGAGGGAAAAUUCUGCAAGAGGGUGAUAUUGUCAAGAUGCCUAAACUAGCCGACACAUAUGAGACUAUAGCCAAUGAAGGAGCAGAUGCCUUUUACACAGGAAGCCUGGCAAAACAGAUCAUCGCUGACAUCCAGAGUGUAGGGGGGAUUGUCUCAAUGGAUGACCUGCGGGACUACAGUGCAACGGUGAUUGAAGAUCCCAUACAGGUUACGCUUGGGGAGUUUACCCUCUACACACCUAGUGCCCCCCUGAGCGGCCCAGUGCUAGCCCUCAUUUUCAACAUACUGAAAGGAUAUAAUUUCUCUGCUGACAGCAUCAAAACUGUGGAGAAGAAAGGUCUGACUUACCACCGCAUUGUGGAGGCCUUUCGCUUUGCCUACGCCAAGAGGACUUUACUGGGAGAUCCAAAAUAUGUCAACAUUACAGAGGCAAUCAGAAACAUGACGUCCGAGUUCUUUGCUGAUAGUCUCCGAAGAAAAAUCACAGACAACACUUCCCAUCCAGUUGACUACUACGAGCCAGUAUAUUACACUCCAGAUACUGCCGGUACAUCCCACCUCUCCAUUGUGGCUGAUGAUGGCAGUGCUGUGUCCGCCACCAGCACCAUCAACCAAUACUUUGGCUCUGACGUACGAUCCAACGUGAGCGGAAUCAUAUAUAACGAUGAGAUGGAUGACUUCAGCUCACCUUACAUAAUCAAUGGAUUUGGGAUACCUCCUUCUCCAGCAAAUUUCAUAGCACCAGGUAAACAACCGAUGUCCUCCAUGUGCCCCUCCAUCUUGGUGGACAAAUCAAAAAAGGUCAGGAUGGUGGUUGGUGCUUCUGGAGGAACAAAAAUAACCACAGCAACAGCACUGACAAUCAUCAAUUCCAUCUGGUUUGGCUAUGAUGUGAAGAAAGCAGUGGAAGAGCCCAGAAUUCAUGAUCAGCUGUUUCCCAAUAUCACGGAGCUUGAGGAGCAAAUAGAGGAGGGUAUAGAAGAACAACUAAAGAAGAGAAAACAUGACACCACACGAGUAACUGGCGGUGCGGUUGUGCAAGCCAUUCUCAGAACAGAUGAUGGAUGGGCUGCAGCCUCCGAUUCCCGGAAAGGUGGCUUCCCUGCAGGCUACUGACCUGGUUCAGCUCCUUUUUGUCAGUGAUCUAGUGACACUGAGGUGUGUCUGGGGGGGAAGAUCCUUUAGGUCUGCAACUCAGGGAAUUCUCACAGGAAAGAGAACAAAUUUGCCUGUGAUUCUAUUGACAGAGCUGGGACUGAUGUUCUCAACAGCCAUGCCUAAUGCCACAGCAGUGUGCUAAGACAAACAUGUCUACCAGGACAUGACCUCAUUGAAGAAUCUGUUCUGCUUUGAAGAGUUUGAUUCCUGCCUCCUCUCCAUCCCACGAAGUCAGAUUGGGUACCUAGUUUUUGAAGAAGGUCCAGCUCACCCAAGCUGCAGGAAGUGUUUUGUUUGCACAGUUUCAGCUACCACAGUUUCAGUGUCCCUGUCACAGCUAGAGAAGAGAUUUGUUUCUUGUUGAGUAGAGGAGUUACAGGACCAUGGGAACUGGGUUUUCUAAGUUACAAACUAAUUGAUCUGUGCCACAGUGGUGAGCUCAGCUCUAGCCUGGGAUAAACCUUCACAAACUCACCACUAUUUCUUUUAACAAAAGAUGUUUCUGCUUUUCACUUCAGUUGAUUAAUGGAGAUGGAUGGGUAACUUGGGAAGUGGCUUCAAACUUUCUUAUAUUUCUGUUGAGAAGGUCUAAAGGGAAGAUACUACCUGUAAAACUCUGAGCACAAUUAAAAUAAAUAAAAACGGAGCCACAUA